AUGGUUGAAGAAGGGAUAGUUCUUGGUCACAAAAUUUCAGAGAACGGUAUUGAGGUUGAUAAAGCAAAGAUUGAAGUCAUGGUUCAACUUCAACCACCAAAGACAGUUAAGGAUAUAAGAAGCUUUCUUGGUCAUGUUGGGUUCUAUAGAAGGUUCAUCAAGGAUUUUUCAAAGAUAGUUAGGCCAUUAACAAGGUUGCUUUGCAAGGAGACUGAAUUCAACUUUGAUGAAGAUUGCUUGAAGGCUUUCAAGGAGAUCAAAUCUGCCUUGAUUUCAGCUCCAAUAGUCCAGGCCCCAAACUGGGAUCUUUCAUUUGAGAUUAUGUGUGAUGCAUCAGACUUUGCAGUAGGAGCAGUUCUAGGCCAGAAAAAAAGAUAA